AUGAUUCUAUCACCAUUAUCGCCAUAUAUUGGAGUCGGCCUUGCUGCCAUUGGUAUCCUGUGGGUGCUUGGCAAUGGUCAUAGAAUAUUGAACCGAAAGAUCCCCGGUCCAGUAAUAGCUAGGGUCACGAAACUAUGGUAUCUACUACAAAUGCGCAAGGGAAACUUCCAUGCCACCAACAUCGACCUUCCUCGCAAGUAUGGCCCGGUCGUACAGAUUGCACCUGGAUAUUUCAGCCUCGAUGACCCGGAGUCCAUGAAACUGGUCUACCGACAUGCCAACCCAUUGGACAAAGGCGAGUGGUAUUCCAGUUGGACCUUCGGCCCGAAAGUCAGGCUCGAGAAUCUUUUCUCCAUCCGGCCCGCCUCCGCACACUCCCAAAUGCGCCGCAAGGUUGCGGCCAUGUACACGAUGUCAGCUUUAGUCUCCUAUGAGCCUUUCGUGGAUGGUUGCAUCCGCGCCUUCCGCGAUCAAUUGGACCAGAUGGCCGCCAGCAACGCUGAGAUCAACCUUACGUUUUGGUGCCAAUGCUAUGCUUUCGAUGAUACUCACAGUGUCAAGCAGCUAACGUGCAAGCAGUAUGGAGAGAGGUUCGGUUUUCUAGAUGAAGGAAAGGAUGUCGAUGGUAUGAUCAUGGUGCUUGAAAUUAUCAACACCGUCUGUACUUAUUUGGGCCUCUACCUCUGGGUACAGACUUUCUUCGAUUUCUUGUCAAAGUUGAUCUCGAGGAAACCUUCCAAGCUGGACCACCUUAAUGAAGAUCAGCUUCAACGGACCCGCUCUGAAGGCGCGCUGAAACACCCUCGCUCCCUUGAGAAGGUUCGACAGGAGCUGGAUAGUUCAAUACUCGCAAGCAGCGACGCAAUCAAGCUCGCGGACGUUCAGAAGCUGCCGUAUUUCCAAGCGGCCAUCAAGGAGGCCUUGCGCAUGCACCCAGCCACAGGCCUCCCCUUGUGGAGGACCGUUCCUAGAGGCGGAAUGACUAUCGGUGGCCGGUACUUUGCUGAAGGGACAAACCUCGGCGUCAACUCCUGGGUUGCCCACCAGAACCAGGAUGUGUACGGCCCAGAUGCGGACCAAUACCGUCCGGAGCGAAGGCUCGAGACCAAAUUGAAGGAGAAACAGGAAGCCAUGGAGCAAAGCUUUACGUCCUUUGGCAAGGGCUCACGGACAUGUAUCGGGAAGAAUAUCUCUCUGCUUGAGAUCAAUAAGCUGGUCCCGAUAAUCCUGCGGGACUAUGAUCUGGAGUUCGCAGUCCGGCGCGAGCCUACGCAGCCGGGGAUGCAAUUGCCCGGUAGAAAUCGGUGGUUUGUAAAGCCCGAGGAUCUGCCCGUGCGAGUGCGAAAGAGGAACGCAAGUGCAAUGUCUUGCAAGCUGAAGGCCUAG